AUAUAUCACAAACUCCCAGUGGAGUAUCCAUCUUCAUUAAAGGACGAAUAAAGUUGGGAAUAGAGGAAAACCUGGUAGUCGACUCCUGUCAAGCUUUGUGACCCAUAUCCAUGGAUGGCAGUUGGGAAUAGGGUGGAGGCUGGAAGACAGAGACAGUCGGGCCGCUUGGAGCUCUCGCCGAUCCAAACCAUUAGGCGUUGUGUGAAGACUUGGAGCGGGCUGUCGGAGAGCUGGGGGGUUAAGAUUUGGUGGAAACGGGAACUUGGUGGACACAGAAGCUGGGAGUCGAUGGCGAAGACAAGCUGGCGGGAGCAGAAGGGACGGCCGGCGGCUGCAGCGGAUACGAUCGCGGGAGAACGUCCUUUGACGAGAAGAGUAAAGGUUCGGUCGUGGGUGAGGAAAAAAUGCCGAGGGUUUAUAGACAGUUAGGGUUAUGUUUUUUUAAUUAUUUAUAAUUCCUUAAAUACCCUUAACAACUAAUUAACUAAUAACUCCAUACAAACUACCUAAAAUUAAAUCAGCCAAUCACAACGAUUUACGAUCUUCCUUAAAAAUAUGGGUUUAAGGACCUGAACUUAGACCCCUCAAUCUCCACCUCCCACAAAUCCACAUUGGGGGGGGGGGGGGGGUUCAAGAAUGUGAAAUGGACAAACAAUUAGAUUAGGAGAAUAGAAACACUUGGAUCCUAAAAGAAUGAGCAAUUCUGACCCCGGAAAGAAUAAAAAAAACGCAGGAACUGAAAAAAAAUUCCAGGAGACACAAAAUGUAAGGAGAUAACAAUAUCAUAAUACACAAAAUCAUCUCCGUACAACAAUGAAGAAUAUAUAACCCCAAUAAUCAAACAAAGAUGAGAGCUCUGAUACCACUUGAAAGAAAUUGAAUUUGCCAUUAGCAAUUCACUAGAAUCAUCUUGUUAGAUAAUCAAAGGUUUUUGGAAUUACCCGAAUUCGUGUCGGUUAAUCGUCUCGAUCUUGAUGCGGAAUUGAACAUCAAUCUAACGCCGGACGAUACUUCUGAGAGUACGACCCAGGAGGUUCUGUAGUCUUCCUCAACCAAGCCGCCUCAGUUCCUCUACGGGAAUCCUCUGAUCUUCCUGAUGGGGAGAAGAAGAGAGUGUUUGGUCUUGGUGUGUUGCGGACCACAACCUCAAGAGUUCCUUAUAAAUCACCAUGGGCUCCCAUAAAACCCAAGGUGACCAAGUAUUGGGUUUCCACCCAUUGGAUCCAUAUUGAGUUUGAUUAGUCUUGGGCUCAUCAAUUAGAUCACUUACAAUUAGCCCACUUAAACCAAUAGCUAAUAUGAUUGUGUAAAGUAUGUGGCCCAUAUAAUUAAUUAGGAAAUGGAAUUCCCUAACAUGUUUUAUUGGACGCUUCAACUCUGACCCCGAAAGAAAUUAGGACUUCAAGGGCUCAGGGCUCUUAAUUCAUUGGGAUUUUGAUCCAAUUGUUCAAAAGUUCUGCGGGAGGAAUCACAUCUCGUCGGGAUGUGGUGGAAACUGCAAGCAUAUCUAGGUAUGGAAACUUGCUGGAUGAUGAAACUAGGGUAAUUGAAUCAAACAGAGAAAAUAAAGAGAGGCGAUGAGAUUGAUAAAUAUAUGUAGAUGGAAUGUGGGAGGAGAAGAAGAAGACUGAAAUAAGGAUUUGUUGUAAACAUGAAACGACGAAAUUUUAAUAAAAUCUAUUUAUAUAUUCUAUUCUGUCUAUCUAUCUAUAAUCUAUCUAUCUAUCUAUUAUAAAAUAUAUUAAAGGGUUUCUCAAAACCAUCUUCCCAGUUCAAAUUUCCUUACACUUCCCGUAACUCUCGGUGUAUUCCUUUUUUUUUCCUGAAAACUUAAUUUUACGUCACCUAUCCUUAUUUUUCGAAGCAGUUAUCUUUCGUUCGUUUUUUUCUCUCACUUAAACUGCCAGACGACAAUCUAACGUUGCCAACCUUAAAAAAAUAAUAAAUAAAUAAUCCUAAACGUUGCCUCGCGUCUCCUCCCCUCCUCCUUUCCAUGAAACCCAAGUUCACUCCCAAUAUCCCCACAGUGACAGUUUCCCUCUUCUUCCACCCUCAUCAUUCUAUCUUCUUUCUUUUAUUUUCUUUAUUUAGAAAAUUCAUACAGCUACUACGUUCUCCAAACUUCAUUUUUGCUGAGAGGCCGAUGUGCUAGAAUUAUUUGCGCAAUUAACGGGGCGUCGAUAACAAAGUUUUAGAGAAGCACCCGACAGAGCAUCUCUCAUAUUCGGUCUAUAAUCCCGCCAUCAAUUAUAGAGAUUAUGAUAACAGUCUUCCGACCAUGCAUCCAGCGAGGCAGAGGAUGAAGGAAUAUUUAUUGAACGCGAGGGAAUAAAACUCAGAUGAUGGAGAUGGUGAUUGCAGCGACGACGGUGCUACGUUUGGGGAAUUAGGUGUUGUAUAAGACAACUCUCAUUUUGUAUUUUAAUGUUGUUCGUUCAUUCAAUAAAGCUUCGUGUCUCAAAAUCAAAACAUGUAUGAUGAAGUGAGAUGAAAGAUGACAUGCAAUCUCUAAUUGUUGUCUUUUAGUCGUUGCUUCAUGUUGAUUACUCAAUUCCACUAGCAUUCUUCUUCUACUAUUGAUACAAUGAUUGAAGUGGUUGGUAAAGUCGGAUUAACUAUGUUUCUCCAAUUUAGAGAUUUUAACCUCUUACGGCUUGCAAGCUUAUGAUUCCUCUAUUUGCAUAUUCGGUUAUCUGACUUAUCUCUUUUUGCAGGUCGUCAAAUAUGGAUUAUUAAAUAAUCAAAUGAAACUCGCCCGGCCGAUAGGCCGGGAAGUAGCUAGUGUUAAGUAUACAAACGUUGUCAUUUGAGAUAAAGUGACAACUCACCAGAGUUUGUUUGCCUGCGUUGCAGAAUAAUUACGUUUUCAAACUCAUCGUUAAGUUUUGGACCGGAAAAAUGAGCAAUACAAUCAAAACUACAAUUAAGUGUUUUAGUUGCAACAAAUAUGAUUGAAGUGGCCACCGUGCAAUCAGUUUAGAAUUUAAGUGACAUCUAGCGCAAUUAAUCCCAAUUGGUGCCUAAUUCAAAACCCACCUUCCUUGUGGGCUCACUUGCUUGGCUUUCGUUUGGAUGAAUAAUUUUAAUAAUGACAAAUUAUGACAAAUUCUUUCAUUUAAAAUACCAUGUAAUCUAUGUGGAAUUUGGGCUAAAAAUCAUGUUUGACUUUAAAUAUGGGUUUUCCAUAGAUAAACUUUAAAUACAAUUUUGUCAACCAUUCCCACCUCUUUCCUGCACACUAAAUCUCUUAGCAACAUUUUUUUAAGGACGAUUCUCUCUCUCUCUCUCUCUCUCUCUCUCUCUCUCUCUCUCUCUCUCUCUCGGAUUAAAAAAAAUGCUUCUUGAUUGUGCUUGUUUCAUGUUGGAAAGAAGACGAGAUUGAAAAAGGGUAGAAACAAGCAAAAAAAUCAAGCCAAUGUUCAUCCUUCUGCAUCUCCGCCCUCAUUUUGUCCUUUCAGUUUCCUACUCUCUCUUUCUUCCAUUUCUGAGGGCCAUGAUCCUUUUUAGUUGUUUUCUCCUAUCUUCUCGCUUCUCUCUCUGAACCUUUAGAAUCACUAACUCUCUUCUGACUCCCUAGGCCAUCAAUCACAUCCCACCUUAUCCGUUGCUCCUUUCUCUCGGUCUUCUUUUUAUUCCUUCCUCACUUUUUCUUAUAAGGGGGACUUGAACUUGAUAACACCUAAAUUGGUGUUAUUUGUCCUUUCGUUUCUUAGUUGUUGCAUGCCAUAAUCGUCAUCGUUUUCCAAUUGAGGUUGAUUUCAUGCUCUACAUGCUUUCUAUCGUCAUACCCUAAAACUUAUCAAAUAUUUUAUCAUCACUUGACCAUUUUGCAUGAAUCUUGUUCACUCUCAUUCUAUUCUAGGCUAUGUUGUAUUUUUUUUUUUGCUUAAUUUCAGGUCCUAACAUUAUAAGGAAGAGGCAUGCCCGUUUCGUGUCAACUGGAGGUCGUUUGAAGGGUGAAAAGAGGGUGGAAAAUAGACCAGAGUUAAGAUCACGUCCUUGGACAAAAUGAUCACGGUUGUGAACUCCAUCUCGUGACCAAACUCUAAAAGGCAGACCAAUGACUAGUACAUAAGGUUUCACGACCAGCCUCGUGGCCACGAAAAGCUAGACCAUGAGAAAUAGUUCAUGACCACGAGAAAAAGAUCCCUUCCACGAUCAUUUUGGUUUAAGGCCGCAAUCUCCCAAUCGCGUGACACACUCAAAAGAUUGCAGGCGCACAGUCUUUAGAGAAAAAGGGGGGCAUCCUAGAGAGUGAAAAACAUAAUGUUAUAGAUAUGUAAUGAGGGUGACGAGGUUGGAGAGGCUUUGGGUGACUUAUUCAUCAUCAUAACCCCAAAUCCUCUUAGGAUUGAAAAAGGGUGGUCCGGCCAAGAAGGACAAGCUGGAAUCAAGCUCAAGAUUGGUGCUCUACCUCCUCCUUGUAUGUAAUUUCUCUCUUUAUGUUUUAGUUCUCUUGGUGUUUAAAAAGAUGAACCCUAUCUUGUAGAAUGUUUAUGGGUUUGAAACUCAUGACAUGUUUUUAUUCAAUUAGUGUUUUAAUGCUUCUAUCUACGUUCUAGAUGCAUAAGAUUAUAUUUUGCAUGUGUUAGCCUUAGGGUUAGUCAUAUGCAUAUAUUUGAUUGUAUCCUUGCUAGAUAUGAGAUUUAGAGACCUAUCUUGAGGUAGAGGUGACAAUCCCCCUCUAGUUAGGUGCUCAUCUAGUUGAUGCUUGUUGGGUAAGUGCAUAACUAUUGACUAACUCCACUUUUGUACAGAUGGAUAGUACCAUUUAGAGGAGGUAGGAUGUAUCUCUAGUCGGGGAAGCUGUCUAUGAUGACAAUGGGGUGGUGGACACGACUAUAAGGGGGAUCGAGAGGCAUGGCCAUUGCACCGAUCCCCACUUUAGUGACCUUUACACCUCAAAAUGCCAUAGAUACAACCCUUGUUGACCUACAGAUACAUGGAUUCAACCUAAACAUCAUUCUAUCUCUUGUGAUCUUCCUCACAGUUAGUUUGUUUGUUUCUUCAUUUGUUUCACACUUAAACAACCAACCAUCCGUCCGACUAGAUAGUAGAUUGAGGCCGAGCGAGUAAUAGAUCUAGAGGGCCCUUGGAAUAUGACAUCGGUCACUGCUAUAAUACUUUGCCAAUUCGAGUUAUACUUGGAUCGAAUUGGAGUUGUUAAUGUUGUAGACGAUCGAGUUAGAAAUUUAAAGCUUUCAAGUAUUUAGCAUUGUUGUCGGAGAAGUCUAAGUUAUUAUGAAAGGUUUUGAUCUACUAGUUUAGUUUUUGUGCUUGUGCUUGUUUUCAUUUUCGUGUAUAGUCAUUUUCGUGUUUGUUUCUUGUGCUCUCCUAUGGUAUUUUGUUACACCACUCUUCUCCCCGUAGGGUGGUUUGUGUUUGUUUAAUUGUCUUUUUAGUGGUUUUAUGUAUAGUUAUUGAAACAUGGAUCCCUAUGACUUCAACCAAGUGUGGGGGGUAUCACUCAUCCACCCAAUGGUGUUACCCCGGGACUUUAAGGAGAAAUGAAGGACAAGCAUCCCUGUUUCAGGGACAAGCCCUCGCCAUGGAUAUCAACGAUGCCCCCAUGGUUACCGAGCUCCACCACCAUUCAGUCAACAACCACCUCCACAACCUAAGCUGAAGUCCAAGUUUGAAAUGGCCCUAGAGCGAUUAGAGGUAGUAAGAAGACAAAUAGAGGACAUUGAGAGAACCAAACCUACUCCAUCCCCGGAACUAAAGAUCCCCUUGGAGAUCUCAAUAGAAAUCUUCAUCAUCGAGAGUGAGGGAAUUUCAUCCUUAACCAUUGAUGCGACAAAAGUGUAUGGGCACUAAUCGAUCGAGUAAUAAAGAUAAGUAAAUUAU